CUUGCGAUGAUUUCUUCGAACAAAAAACUGAAUUUAAAGAAAAAGUUCUAGAAAAAAAAAUAGAAAAUCCUCUAAUACAGUUUAUACACUCGAUCACGUAGUAUGUAUGUGGAAACAAUGAUUCUUUUUUAAAAUGAAAAUUAAUUUAGUGGAUUAGUAUAAAAAUGGCUGAAGCCAUGUUAUCAAGAAGAGAAAGAGGGAAAUUUCGAGAGAAAAAAAAAACACGAAUUUGAACGAACAAACGAACGAAGGAAUUGAUAUGAUUCUGCAAAUUUAGGGUUGCAAAAAUAGAUUUCUACAAGUGAAAGUGAUUGAGAAAUUUCUUCGCUUUAAACAUAUCCGAUCUCCUUCUUGUAAGCUUUCUCUUUCUUCUUCUUUUCGCUUUCCAGUUUGUCUUAUAUUCUUUUUAUACCUCUCUUCAUAUGCCUUCAUCUUUGUGUUCUUUCAUAGAAAGCGAUAUUACCUUUCUGAUCAUCUGGAAUUACUUACAGGAGUCAAAGCAUUUAAAUUUCUUCAAUUUGUGGAAUUCCCAGUUGAUUUCUCUCACCAAGAUACUGAAAUCGAUUCUUAUUGUAAAAAAAUGGGCGAUCAUUUCGUGUUUCUGGUUGAUCGGUUACUCACCGAGUCCACUUUAGAAGCUGCAAUCGAAAGCAGAAACCCUUCAUACCCUUUAUCUCCCGCCAUCGACACCAUGAUCGAUUGUUCUUCUCAUAUGGAUCAUCCUGAAACUCCUUUCACUCCUAGAAAAAUGGUGGAAUGCAGAAUUUGUCAGGAUGAGGAUUUUGAUUCGAAUAUGGAGACUCCUUGCUCUUGUUGUGGUAGCUUGAAGUAUGCUCAUCGCAAAUGUGUUCAACGAUGGUGUAACGAAAAGGGUGAUACCAUUUGCGAAAUAUGCCACCAGCAAUUCAAGCCAGGGUAUACAGCACCACCUCCCGUAUUCCGAUUGGGCGUCAUUCCGGCAAAUAUAAGGGGGCAUUGGCAAAUUGCGAGAAGGGAUAUGAACGAUGAGACUCGAAUAAUUACAGUCGUUUCUUCUGAUCAUAAUUUACUCGAUCAGGAAUAUGACGAGUACGCAGAUUCCACUGCUAGAAGCAUUUUGUGUUUUCGUUCAGUUGCUAUCAUUUUCAUGAUUGUCUUGAUUUUGCGUAACACGUUACCUAUAUUUGCUAAUGGAGGGGCAAAUUACUCUUUACCGGUGUUUCUGUUGUUACUCAUAAGAACUUCUGGAAUCAUUUUACCAAUCUAUCUAAUCCUAAGAGCCAUGUCAGCAUUGGUACAUAGGCGGCGCCACUUGGUGUCAAAUGGGUCAUCAUCGUCUUUUUCUUCUGAUGAUGAGGAAGCUGGUGCAACAUCAAUGCAAGGUGGUGGUGUUGAUUGAUGGGUUUGGGUCCAUUUGAAGUAUCCAUGGUCAACAAGACUCAAGAGGUCAAACCAUGUGAUUUGUGAAGGAAGUGUCUUCUUGAAAGUUGAAAGUGGUGCUCUAACUAGAACAAGGGGAACUUGUUAUUUAUGGGUUUGUUGCACGUGUACACCCUUUAAAGUUAGAUCUCAAAAGCUUGAAGAAUCGCCUUUUUUAGAAGAAAUCUUGAUGUGUAGUUUGUUAAUUCAGGUUUCUAUAUGUAAGUGGUUCUUGGUAUUAGACAUGGUGGGAACUUGUUUAGAAUUAGAACACCACAUCGCGUAUAUAAGGGUAAAUUACAAUAUGGCAAAUUUGAAGUUGAUGGUUGAACUAUUGAUGAGUCUAUGUAAAAUG